AUGCACGGUCGACGAGGUGCAGAGCUGCUCGAAGAGCUCCGCAAGACAAAAUGGCUACCACCUUAUAGCGAAUCCGGUAUCCGUCAAAUCGCCGCUGAAAUCAAGGAACUCCUGGAGCCCUUUCUCGAAAUCAUCACGGCUCACCGUGCCUCUCUCCAGAACGACCCGCGCUACAUCUCUGGCGUCGUCGUCUUCUACCGCAGCGUGCAGCGCAACAAGCGCUGCGCCCUUGCCUACUUGAUGAACCGCCUCCGUCGCAUCGUCGCCUUCCGCUGGCUCUUCGGCCAGGCGGCCCCCGCCCGGCUGGACCAAAACUUGUCGGGCGCCGAGCGCCAGUUCUUGUUGAAGUAUAACGCCCUGCUGGGGGAGUACUGCGACGCCGUCGGCUUGGAUUUGACAGCAGAUCAGAGCCCGCCGAGGGACUUGUAUGUCGAGGUACGGGUGAUUGCCGAUUGCGGAGAUAUCCUGACAGAGGCUGGGCCCGUCGCGUUGAAGCCGGGCACCGCCCACUUUUUGAAGAGGACCGAUGUGGAGCACCUUAUUCGACAGGGCAGCUUACAACACAUUUUGUGA